GCACCAAUGGGCGGCCGGGGCCGGCCGGCGGGAGGCCAAUGGGGCGGGCGGGCAGGCCCACGUGGGAGAGGUCGGCGGCGCGCGGUAGCGGUUAACCUCUCGGAGGCCGCUCGGCUCGGGCGGGAUGUUCCACCCGCUGCAGCGGAGGCCGCCCGCCAGCAUCUACUCCUACUGCGCCCGCUGGGAGGCCCGCCCGGGGCCGGGGCCCGCGCCCGCCCUGUGGAGCCGCUACCAGUGGCUGCUGGGCUGGUUCCAGAGGGAGCCCGGGAAAUGCCCCGGCCCGAAGAGCCUCCUGUCCCUCCUGGCCAGUCAGUGCAGCUACGUGACCGGCCAGCGGGUGCGGCGGGCCCAGCAGAUCGGGCAGCUCUACGGGAACAUCUACUCGGAGCGGGCGCGCUGGAGCCUCUUCAGCGGCCUGUGGCGCAGGUUCCAGGCCCGGCACGCCAGCGCCUGCAAGCUGAUGGCCGCCCUCACCGGGGUCUUCCUGUGGGAAGAGGAGCGGAUCCAGGAGGAGGAGUUGCGAAGGUCUGCAGAGGAGAUGAAGCACAUGGAGGAAGUCUCCAGGCUGUUCCAUGGCAGCGGGGGAGAGCACCAGAAGCUGGGUCCCAAAACCCAUGUGGAUAUAACAGCCACUCGCGAGGAGCAUCCCUGGGAGAUGGUGAUGGACAAGAAACACUUCAAGUUGUGGAGGCGUCCAAUAGAAGGGACCCACCUGUAUCAGUACAGAGUCUUUGGGACAUAUACAGAUGUGACUCCCAGGCAGUUCUUCAAUGUGCAGCUGGACACUGAGUACAGGAAGAAAUGGGAUUCACUGGUCAUCAAACUGGAUGUGAUUGAGAGAGACCUGACCACUGGCUCGGAGGUGAUUCACUGGGUAACUCACUUCCCGUACCCGAUGUAUUCACGGGACUACGUGUAUGUUCGGCGGUACAACGUGGACCAGGAAAACAAUCUGAUGGUGCUGGUGUCACGAGCAGUGGAGCACCCAGGCAUCCCAGAAGAUCCCGAGUUCGUGCGGGUCCGAACCUAUGAAUCCCAGAUGGUUAUCCGACCACACAAGACAUUCGAUGAGAACGGCUUUGAUUACCUGCUGACGUACAGCGACAAUCCACAGACAGUGUUCCCGCGCUACUGUGUCAGCUGGAUGGUCUCUAGUGGCAUGCCCGACUUCCUGGAGAAGCUGCAUACAGCGGCUCUGAAAGCGAAGAGGAUGGAGAUCGAAGUGCGGGACUACAUCUCUGCCAAACCCAUUGAGAACAGCAGCAGCAGCGAGGGGAAGGCGAGCAUGCCCGGUGCAGAGCACAAGAACGAAGACACCCACAGCCCAGCGCAGCUUGAGUACGCCUAAGGGCUGGCUGUGCCUCCUGCGUCAGCACCCUAGCCUCUGCUCCUGGAUCCACGGAGCAGGGCCGAUGGGGAGCUGUGACGUCAGUGUAGCCACUGGACCUUAGUUCAGCCAUUCUCCUUUUGACUCCAAACCCCUCCUCGCCUCUGUCUUCUGCUGCAUGUGGGGAGAGAGGUCUCUCCCCUGUUUGAGCCUUGUUCGGAGUGAAGCCUGGCCAUUGAAACACAACAUUGUGUAAUAUCCUCUUUGUGCUGGUGUUUUGUCUCUGGUGAGGGGAUGCCCUAGAAAAACACCUGUAUGGACAACAUGUCUCUCCCUCCUUCUUCCUCCCCUUUGAGCUAGUGUUGGGCACAGAUGCCACUGGCUCCUGAAGCUCCAGGGCAGUUCAGCUCUGCAGGGUCGGGGGCCAUGUGUAGAGAACCUUAGCCGCAGCGUUGGUGUGAUCGUCUGCAGCCAGCCCCAAACGGGUUAACGCGGGUGGGGGCAGGGGGAUGGGAUCUGUGUUCAGUGACUGUGUGUGUGUGUGUGUGUACUGCAGUGUUCCUCUGCCAUGUGAGGGGAGCGUUCCUCUGCUGGCCAAGCGCCUUUCCCCUGGAGCUGCCCUGGCCUCAGCUGGAAGUGGAGAGCUGUGUCUGGCAGGGGUUGUGGCCGUGCUCAGUGCUGCCCACUGGAACAGGAUGAUGCCUCCUUGGGAACCAGCACCAUUGCAACUGUCACCAUAUUUUUGCCUGUGGUUUCCUGGUGGGAAGAAUGAAGGACACUUGGCUGCAUUACUACCUGUAGCUCUGCGGCCUGGCGUGGGAGAGGGACUUGGUAUCGCUUGGGCAGGGAGCAUGGAUUAGGAGGCCUGGUUCAGCUGCCUUCUUACCUCCGUGGCUUUUUAUUUUGAUUUUUUCCCUGGGAGGGCCCAGCUCCUGCUGCUGUGAAUGCCCUGACCACCAUAACUAACAAGGGAACAGAAAACUGCCAGCAGCUGCCUCUUGUGCUGAGUUAGCUGCACCUCUCUUGUUGGAUCAAGACACUCCUGCAAUUAUAGCUCCUACCCAGCUUCCCUUGUGUUGGGAGAGGAGGUACCUCCCAGGCAUACCAAUAAGGGGAAGCUGUCUAGAUGCAGCCAGGAUGAGGGUCGCUUGCAGCUCUUGCUUUGGUAGGGAGGGGUCUGGAGCAAUCUAGGAAAGUGGUUAAACCUUAAUAAAUGAAUAAGCUCUUGUAGCAAUGACUGAACAGCAUAUUGGGUCAGGCUAAUUGCAUGUGUUCACCCCAGAGGUUCCCGUUCUGCAGUGUAGUCCCGGUUUGGAUCUAGAGGAGAGACCAAGAGCUCUCCCUGUCCUGUGUAUUUCCUGUUACCCAGAAUGUACUAGCCAGUGUGUUCCAGCCUUUUUCUCCUUGUGAUAAGCAGAGUUUGGGAGAGGGGCUUCUCCCCAUGUCCAGUCCCCACCCUGUGUGUGUGGGGCGGGGGGGACGCACACAGUCUAAAUGCUCUUCCAGGGGGCUGAAGCCUCAUGCUUUAACAGACCUAACUGCACCAUCACAGAGAGAGACUCCAUGAAUUCUCUUGUGCUGUAGGGAGCUGCUGUUCAUGGCACUUGCAUAGUGGGGCUCCCCUCUCAGUGCAGGGAGUUGGGGGGUUAGGGUCAGAGCUUUCUGCCACCUCCCAUUCGGGAUAUACCUGGUCCCAGAGGAAACAGAAUUCUGUGCUGAUAGCCCUCAGUGGUCAGGUACCCCCCACCCCACUCCCUUAUAGCAUGCGGUUUGAAGUCCCAUGUAGGACAGACAGCAUGAGCCAGGUGGGCUCCCACAAACAGAUCCUGCUGUGGUGCCAGAAAGCAACUCUUCCCACCUCCCCUUUCCUUCAAGGGCCUGGCUACUGUGUGGUACAGUGGGAGGGGGCUUGACUCUCAUCCAAGUGCAAUUGAGGGGUGCUGUGUGUUGGAGGCCUCGUGGCUCCUCGGUUCCUGUUUGUGGCUAUUGAGGUCCAUUAACAUAGUCAUUCUGGAUUUGUUACAGCUUCACUCAAACCUGGCAUUUCUAUGAAAACGGAUGUGUGAAUAAACUUAUACUGGUACAAACCCGAA